GACUGAUGGUUUGUGCUAUUUUCCUUUUAUUUACCAUAUCAGAUUGCAUGAAUAUACGAAUUGUUCUUUUGUUGCAGGUAUGGUGCAACCAAACAGUGACAUUACAGCUAAACUUCUUGGUGAAGCAUCUUUUCAAGGGGAUGGCGAACAAUUUCCGCUGAUCUUUAGUCCAAACGAGGAAGAAGCCGAGAGUGGUAAAGAAGAAGCCGAGUGUGGUGAAGGUGAAGCUGAGAGUGUCGAAGGAGAAGCUGAGAGUGACGAAGAAGAAGAUGAGAUAGACGAAGGAGCUAUUGAUUUUGAUACAAUGUCAGUCUCUGAUUGUUUGCAUUAUUUUGCAUUGUAUACCAAUCAAAAGCACUCGGCGAUAAAUAUGUUGCUUAAGAUUUUGACGACGAAGACUAAUUUUGCUCUCCCAAAAGAUGCCAGAACGCUUCUAAACACCAAUAGAAAGCGUCCAAAAAUAAAAGAUCUGGGAAAUGGUUCAUUCUGGAACCGUGGCAUUAGGAAAAGUCUAAUUCAAAGUUUACGAUUUGCAACAGUACCAGAAACACUAUCUUUAAACAUUUUCAUCGACGGGCUUCCGUUGCACAAAAGCAGUAAAAUACAAUUUUGGCCGAUCAUGAUCAACAUAAAGGAAAUGCCUCAGAUUGCCCCAAUCACAGCAGCUAUUUUUUGUGGACGUACCAAACCAAAAGAUGUGAGAAGGUUUAUGAAACCACUGGUACAUGAGCUGAAUAUGUUAAUGGACGUUGGUAUGGUGCUGAAUAAUCGUCGAGUGACAAUUAAAGUACGGGCAAUAAUAGCGGAUUCUCCUGCCAGAGCUUUUUUAAAAGGUAACGCAUCUUUAGUGCGCGCUCUGACGCAGACGAAAAACUGCUAG